GGAAACAAAACAGAAACUAUGGACGGCAGGGCAGAUAGAGAACUUCUCUCUCUGUCUCUCUUUAUAUAAAUUUUUUUCUUUGUCAAUGGAAAACUAAGCUUUUAGCUCGUUUUAGGCGACUCCGUCUGCCCUUAGCACUUUCCAUUUCUUUUCUGCGAAUCAUCCCACGUACUAAUCCAUAAUUUUCAACUUCCCUUUCCUUCCUCUGUCUUUUUAUUCUCCCUCUUCUUUUAGGACUCUGUUUUCAGGACCUUCACAUCUACUUUCUUUCUACAGCUCCUCUGUUCAACUCUUCAAGUUUAGGAACUGGUACUAGUUUUUUCCCAGCCGAAUUCUGCAAUCAGCUACUUAGCAUUCUCCUCAACUCUCUGCCGUCUAUUUGGUUGAGAUUUUUCAAUGAGUAAUGUCAAGCUAGGAGUGGAAGUUGUGAGUGCUCAUGACCUUAUGCCCAAAGAUGCACAGGGCUCAGCAAGUGCCUUUGUGGAGCUUCAUUUUGACCAUCAGAAAUUUCGCACCACUACUAAAGAAAAGGAUCUUAACCCUGUUUGGAAUGAGAAUUUCUACUUCAACAUCUCUGAUCCAAACAACCUAUCCAACCUCACUCUUGAAGCCUAUGUAUACAACCAUAGUAAAGAAAACAACUCCAAAUCAUUCCUUGGAAAAGUUCGGCUUACUGGAACAUCAUUUGUCCCUUACUCCGAUGCUGUUGUUUUGCAUUACCCUCUGGAAAAACGAGGCAUUUUUUCUCGUGCCAAAGGAGAGCUUGGUUUGAAGGUAUUUGUUACUGAUAAUCCUUCAAUAAGAUCCUCAAACCCUCUUCCUGCAAUGGAUUCCUCUCUGUUUAAAGACUCACGUUCAACUCAAGCUCAAGCACUAGAACAACAAAUUCCAGAUUCAGUCCCAAAACUGUUCUCCAGUGACAAGAAUGAGUCAAGGCAUACAUUUCAUCACCUUCCAAAUUCUAGCCAACCUUUGCCACAGCAACAGCAACAUGUCCCUGCAGUAGCACCACAGCAAACAAUGAAUUUUGGGACUCAUGAGAUAAGAUCUGAACCUCACGCUCCAAGAAUUGUUCGCAUGUUCUCUGACUCAUCAUCGCAGCCUGUUGAUUAUGCACUCAAAGAGACAAGUCCUUUUCUUGGAGGGGGGCAAAUUGUUGGAGGGCGAGUCAUACGUGGGGAAAGGAUGGCCAGCACUUAUGAUCUUGUUGAACAGAUGAUGUACCUUUUUGUACGAGUUGUCAAAGCUCGUGAUCUUCCCACCAAGGAUGUGACCGGAAGCCUUGACCCAUAUGUUGAAAUAAGAGUUGGGAACUACAAAGGAAUUACAAAAUACUUUGAGAAGCAGAAAAACCCUGAAUGGAAUGAAGUGUUUGCCUUUGCAAGGGACAGGAUGCAAUCAUCUGUGCUGGAAGUUGUGGUCAAGGAUAAGGAUCUGGUGAAGGAUGACUUUGUUGGGAUCCUAAGAUUUGAUAUGCAUGAGAUUCCAACAAGGGUUCCACCUGAUAGCCCAUUGGCACCACAAUGGUAUAGGCUUGAAGACAGGAAAGGGGAGAAAGUAAAUGGGGAGCUGAUGCUUGCUGUGUGGUAUGGUACUCAAGCUGAUGAGACAUUCCCUGAUGCUUGGCACUCUGAUGCUGUAACUCCCUCAGAUAGUCCCUCCACUAUCUCUGCACACAUACGCUCUAAAGUUUACCAUUCUCCAAGAUUAUGGUAUGUUCGUGUUAAUGUGAUUGAGGCUCAAGACCUAGUUAUUCCUGACAAGAAUCGGUUUCCAGAUUCUUAUGUUAAGGUACAAAUAGGUAACCAGGUUUUAAAGACAAAAAUGGUCCAAACUCGAACAAUGAACCCAGUGUGGAAUGAGGAUUUAAUGUUUGUUGCCGCUGAACCCUUUGAAGAUCAUUUGAUCCUUUCAGUUGAAGAUCGCGUUGGCCCCAACAAAGAUGAGACAGUUGGCAAGGUUGUUAUACCAUUAAACUCUGUUGAGAAGCGUGCUGAUGACCGAAUUAUUCGUAGCCGGUGGUUCAACAUCGAGAAGUCCAUUUCAGCUGCCAUGGAUGAGCAGCUGGCUAAAAAAGAUAAAUUCUCUAGUAGACUCCAUCUUCGUGUUGUACUUGAUGGAGGUUACCAUGUGCUUGAUGAGUCAACUCACUACAGUAGUGAUCUUCGACCAACAGCAAAGCAGUUGUGGAAGCCAUCAAUAGGUGUGUUAGAACUUGGUGUUCUAAAUGCUGAUGGGCUUCACCCGAUGAAAACAAGGGAUGGAAAAGGUACAUCAGAUACAUAUUGUGUAGCAAAGUAUGGUCAGAAAUGGGUUAGGACUCGAACCAUAAUCGACAGCCUUAGCCCAAAAUACAAUGAGCAAUACACUUGGGAGGUGUAUGAUCCUGCUACAGUUCUUACUGUGGGAGUUUUUGAUAAUAGCAAUUUAGGUGGUUCAAAUGGUAAUAGGGACAUAAAAAUUGGUAAGGUUCGGAUACGACUCUCUACUCUUGAAACUGGCCGUGUUUAUACCCACUCUUAUCCACUGCUAGUGCUUCACCCUUCUGGCAUCAAGAAGAUGGGCGAGUUACAUCUUGCAAUACGAUUUUCAUACACCUCAAUGGCAAACAUGAUGUUUCUAUAUGCACGGCCCCUUUUGCCAAAGAUGCAUUACAUAAGGCCUUUGACUGUGAUGCAACAGGACAUGCUGCGGCACCAAGCUGUCAACAUUGUGGCAGCUCGGUUUAGUCGAGCAGAACCUCCUCUUAGGAAAGAAGUAGUUGAGUACAUGUCUGAUGCAGACUCUCAUCUCUGGAGCAUGAGGCGAAGCAAGGCAAACUUCUUCAGGCUGAUGUCUGUUUUCUCUGGAUUAUUUGGUGUUGGAAAAUGGUUUGGUGAAGUUUGUAUGUGGAAAAAUCCAAUCACCACGGUGCUAGUACACCUCCUCUUUGCGAUGCUCGUAUGUUUUCCAGAACUGAUUUUGCCAACAGUGUUUCUCUAUAUGUUUGUAAUAGGGCUUUGGAAGUAUCGUUUUCGACCAAGAUACCCUCCACACAUGAAUACAAGAAUAUCUUGCGCUGAUGCAGUACACCCUGAUGAGCUUGAUGAAGAGUUUGAUACAUUUCCGACAACACGCAGCCCAGAGAUAGUCCGAAUGAGAUAUGAUAGGCUAAGGAGUGUGGCUGCAAGGAUCCAAACUGUGGUGGGCGAUGUGGCUAGCCAAGGGGAGAGAAUUCAAUCACUACUAAGUUGGCGGGAUCCUCGUGCCACAACCAUAUUUUUGACGUUCUGUCUAGUGUCUGCCAUCUUCUUGUAUGCAACCCCUUUUCAGGUGCUUGCACUUGUGGCGGGGUUUUACUCCAUGAGGCAUCCUAGGUUUCGGCACAAGACACCAUCAGCACCAAUUAACUUCUUCCGUCGUCUGCCAGCUAGGACAGAUAGUAUGCUGUAAAUCUGUAAUUGGAGUUCUCUGACGAAGGCAAGCUCACCGGUAUGUCAAAUCUGGUUUUGUUUGGCGGUGUUUGUAAAGGUUUGUGGUGUUUUUGUAUCAUCCUACACGAGUUUCUUUUUCAUUGUCCUGUGCAGAAGUAUGGUAUUAUUUUAGCCGCACUGUGUGUAUUCACAACAGAACUUAUUGAUUACUAGAGGCAUGAAUUUUCAGGCAA